GAUACAAUCAGUGCGAGCAUCAAUGAAGCACAUCUCACCACGGUACGAGACAGUGGAGAUUGGUGCACAAGGUUCCCCGCGUGUUCGUCAUGUCACUUCCGGCAAGCCCCGUGUUGUCAAUGGACAACGUGGUCCGAAAGCCAGGACCGCGGCGAACGAGGACGUUCACCCCUGAGGGCGAGAAGGACGCCACCUACUGGCAGAGGCGCCUCAAAAACAACGAGUCAGCCAAGCGUUCCCGCGACAAGAGGAGGCUGCACGACUUCAUGCUGGAACGCCACGUCGCUGCUCUGAGGGAGGAGAACAUCCGUCUGCGUGCUCAACUCUUGGCUCUCCAAGACCACUACGCCCUCCUCUACACUUCCGAGCGCCACGGGUACUUAUCGCACCCUGGUCUCGUCAUCCCCAUGCAUGGCUUCAACAGCGUGACUGGCUUUUCGUACACGCCGAUCGGUAUCUAUUCCACGCCGGUAUGCACCUACUCCACCCAGCUCUUAGCCACUCCUGUCGGGUCGCUCAUCACAUCUCCCCCUACAAAUGAGCCCAAAACCGCAACCUGCACGGGUUUUCCCCCAGAUUCACCACAAGUUGAGACAAGACAGUCCCCUCACGGGGACGACAGCUCGAACUAAACCCCUCAAAGCAAACCCCAUCCUGGGGCCUUCGACGGCUUUAGUACUCACCUCUUCGUGAUGAAAAGUGCCAGUCGUGUCGGAAUUUAACCCCUACUGCAUUAUUCUCGUCUGACACUGACAGCAGUACUACUGCCACUGGCUCUCACCGUUGUCGCUGCCGCAAAUUUGCUGUCACCGUGAAAAAAAAAGGAUGAAACCUUCGGUAGUUGUGAUCAAAACCGUUUUUGUGGUAUUUUUUUCUGAGUUGAAGUCGAGAGAAAAAUUAUGGAAGCGCGGAACUGCCGAUGUAAAGUAACAGUUUUCAACCGGCAAAUACGUCUGAACAUACCUGUAGGCUAAAUGCUUCAAGUGUAGCAUUUUUUCCCAUAAUGCCACGGUGUAUUGACUUGAGCAAGUGCAUAUUCCGUGGCGUUAUGGGGAAAACACCAACCGUAAAUCAUGCCCCCAGACAUAAUAAAACUAUAAAAUUCUGAAUAAAAAUUAAUUUUCAAACAUAUUGGUAUACUAUAGGCCAAAAGAUUGUGCGUGCUGAAGUCAAUACAUCGUGGCAUUAUUGGGGGGGGGUGCUACGUGUGUAGCAUUUAGCCUGCAAGUACAUUCGAACGUAUCACUGAGUACGUUCGAACGUAUUUAAAUAAGUUUGACCAUUCUUACAAACACGUUCAAACGAAUUCUCAAGUACAUUCGAACAUAGAGUAGUUUCCUAAAAUAGAGUAGGACAGACAAUACAAGCUCAUAUCCUCCUUAAAUUAAUAAACACACAAAGGUGAAUCAUUUUUUGUUUGUUCUGUUCACAAAACGUCCUUUAUUUGAUACUCCCCCCACCCCCACAAAAUAAACAA